AUGCUGGUUUUAUGGGAAUGUCUGAGAAAACUGGCCUUAUCCACUAAAGACUUAAAGGGGAAAAAAGGCGCAGUGCAGCGCAAGCCCAGGCCGCCCGAGCUCUUCCGGGACGAGCCGGCGGGGACAGGCGGGCCCUUACGCCCCUCCCCCAGGCCGACCGGCUCCCCGCGUCCACCCCGGCAGAGAGCCCCUUCCAACCCCCGCGCUGGGCGGGUCUCGGCGCCAGAGUCCGAGGACCCGGCGUCACCGCCCAAGGAGGGGGCAGCCGCUCUGAGGCCCGGCCCUCCCCCAGGCCCCGCCCCGGGGCCCGAUCCUCCCCCAGCCCCCGCCCGAGUCCUGGUCCGCGCGGCCUGCGGGGCGACGGCGGCACCAGACCAGAGGGACUCUGGACUGGGGCGGGGGGCGGGGACUCACGCUCAGAGGCGGGGACUCCGGGUCCUGGGCGGGGCAUGGCGGGGGCGGGGACUCAGGUCCGGGGGCGGGGACUCUGGUCCUGGGCGGGGCGGGGCGGGGGCGGGGACUCAGGUCCGAGGCGGGACUCCGACCCGGGGGCGGGGCUCUGGGUCCUGGGCGGGCUGGGGUGGACUGUCGCCGUCCCGCCUUCUAGGUGGCCCCGCGGCCACGCUGCUCCUCCCGCCGAGCCGCUUCCCCCCGCCGCCGCCGAGGGCGUCCGGUGAGUGCGGUGCUCCGCCCGCUGAGUCCGGGGUGGAGUGCACGGAGCGAGCAGCACGCGGGUCCAGGCCCGGGGAGGGGGAUGGAGCAGCGCGCGCGCGGAAGAGGCAGGGCUGGGGGCUGCAGGUUCGGUCCGCGGGGCCCGGCCGGGAGAGAGGAGCACCCCACGGCUCGGAGCGGGGGAGGGGCGCUGUCGCUCAGGCCGCUCUGAGACUCGCGCCCCUCGCCCGCCGCGGAUCCGAAAGUGCCCGGGUGGGUCCGGCGCCGCCGGCCUUUAAGGGCCCCCAGGCGCUUCGCUGA